CAAAGUCAUAAUUAUUGUGCCUCACAAUCCCUGUGUGAACUUGGCCAUUGUAGGCAGUUUAGCGUUUACGGGAACACUGUUCAUAAUAUAUUAUUAUUAUUAUCUGCUACGAAUUCCCUUUCACACUGGAGGGUGCAGCGCGCGUGCCUUUCACUCCCAGCUUCCAAUUAACAGUCGUGCCGUACAAGCCUAUUUCAAAGCUUUAAGGAACCUCUUCUCUGCAUAUUUUCAGAAACCCUCAUCCCCCAAAUUCGAAGUUACACAGCACAUUACAGAAACUAUGUCUAGAUCCGCAAAUGGAACAAAAUGCAGUAUUUUUUUUCUUCAGCUUGUGCUGCUAGCCUGUAAAUGCCUAGGCAUGCCACCGGCGCCACCAGUCACCUGCAAAUCUGGGAAUUCAUCUUGCACUGUGCGCAGCGCUUAUGAUCCCUGGCCCGACCGAAUACCCUGCAACGCCUCGGCCGCCUUUUUCCCCACAUCAGAAGAUGAGAUUAUACGCGCAGUUGCCUACGGCGGUCGGAAUAAAUUAAAGAUGAAGGUUGUCACCGGAUUCUCUCACACCAUUCCCAAAUUAGUCUGCCCUGGUUCCGGCGACGGCACCGGAAUUAUAAUCAGCACUCGGGAUUAUAACAAAGAGAUUGUGGUUAACAGAGAUGAGAUGACUGUAACGGCUGACAGUGGAGUGGGAUUGCGGGAACUUAUUGAGGCGGCGGCGGCGUCUGGAUUUGCCCUAGCAGCUGCGCCCUAUUGGGAGGGCCUCAGUUUGGGCGGGCUGCUAAGCACAGGGUCACAUGGGAGCUCCUUCUGGGGCCGCGGAGGAGCCCUGCAUGAAUACGUUGUGUCCGUCCGCUUAGUCGUUCCUGCUUCUCAACGGCAAGGAUAUGCGAGAAUUGUUACGCUGAGGGAAGGAGAUCCCGAUCUGAAUGCCGCCAAAGUGUCUCUUGGUGUUCUGGGAGUCAUAUCGAAGGUGACGGUGAGGGUGGAGGGUCAGUUCAAACGGAACGUUACGAACGUGGUGAAGGAGGAUGAUGAUUUGGAAGAAGAAAUCAUGGAUUUUGCAGGUGCCCAUGAAUUUGGGGAUCUGACGUGGUAUCCAUAUCAGCGUCGAGUGGUGUACAAAAUGGACGAUCGUGCCAGCGUGGCGGCGGAGGGAAACGGGGUAAAUGACUUUAUUGGCUUUCGCUCCACUUCGAUCCUCGUCAGUGCUGCGCUCAGAAGCACGGAGAAGAUGUUGGAGAAGACAAAGAACAGCGCAGGGAAAUGCAAAGAAGCCAAACUAAUCCUCGAUUCGAAGCUCGCACUGGCAAAUGGACUGAAGAACAACGAUUUCAUUUUCACGAAAUACCCCGUAGUGGGUUUCCAGGACAAAAUGCAGACAUCGGGCUCCUGCUACAAAUCCUCAUCUGCCGAUCUGGUGAACGCGUGCCCUUGGGAUCCCCGAUUCAGGGGCCUCUUCUUCUAUGAGACCACCGCCAUUUUCAGCCUCUCCAAAAUCAAGCCUUUCAUUUCAGAUGUGAAGAAAUUGCGGGACAUGGACCCCGAAUCCCUCUGCGGAAUAGAGCUUUACAAUGGAUUUCUGAUGCGCUUUAUCAGAGGAUCCACUGCCUAUUUAGGGCAGCCCGAAGAUUCCGUUGUCAUCGACUUCAAUUACUUCCGUGCGGAUAGCGCAUCGAAUCCCAGGCUUAACGAAGACAUAUGGGAGGAGAUCGAGCAGAUUGCUUUCUUCAAGCACGGGGCGCGCCCUCACUGGGCCAAAAACAGGAGAAUUGCCUUUACUGGCGCCGCUGCAAAAUAUCCCAAUAUCCCUAAAUUUCUGCGAGUAAUGAAGAAAUACGAUCCGGACGGUCUUUUUUCCAGCGAUUGGUCGGAUGAGAUACUGCGCGGAAUGAAAAAGGUCGAAAAAGAGGAGGGAUGUGCAUUGGAAGGGCUUUGCAUAUGUGAAGAGGAUCGGCAUUGUGCUCCCAACCAGGGAUAUCUUUGCAGGCCCGGAAAAGUUUAUUCCGAUGCUAGGGUUUGUCGAUUUCAUGGGGACAAUUUCCCUUCUCUCUAGAAAGAAAAAGUUAGAGACACCGUGCAACUGUAUACUACUGAUGAUGAAUAAACAUAUUGGAUUUGAUAUGCCCGUA